ACAUGGGCUAUACUUCUACCCCUCACCCUUCCAGGUCCUCAUACAUGUUGCCGUCAUGAAAUCGGGGCGGGAUUUGAACAAAUCGUAUGAUAUGAUUGACAUACGUGAAAGCACGAAUUUCAUUCUCCUUGUAUUGAUGAUAGCCAUCGAGUUAGCUGUAUAAAGACAUGACUUCCUCCAGGUAAUUCUCCUCUUCACCACACAAUCUUCUUAUCAUUUCAAACUCACGAUCAACAAUCAAUACCAAUCAUACCAAACAUCAAAAUGCCUGCGCAAAUCAAAAAGUACAAGGCCGCAGCUGUCCAAGCUGAGCCUGGAUGGUUUGAUCUUGAGUUGUCUGUAAAGAAGACUAUCCAUUGGAUCAACGAGGCUGGCAAAGCAGGCUGCAAACUUGUUGCAUUCCCUGAAGUUUGUAAGUACAUCCACUUCUGAUCUGGCCCAUCACAUUUGACUUACGCUGUUAGGGAUUCCUGGCUAUCCAUACUGGGCAUGGAAGGUCAAUUAUCAACAAUCUCUUCCUAUGAUCAAAGCCUACCGCGAGAACAGUCUCCCGUCUGAUUCGGAUGAGAUGCGCCGAAUUCGUGAAGCUGCCCGUGAGAAUGCCAUAUACGUCUCAUUAGGAUACAGUGAAAUUGAUUUCGCAUCUCUUUAUAUCUCCCAAGUCCUCAUCUCACCCACUGGAGAAGUUCUCAACCACCGCAGAAAGAUUAAGCCUACCCAUGUUGAGAAGCUUAUUUAUGGUGAUGGAUCAGGUGAUACUUUCAAGAGUGUCGUUCAGACAGACAUUGGAAGAGUAGGACAACUAAACUGCUGGGAGAACAUGAACCCAUUUUUGAAGGCAAUGAAUGUCUCCGAGGGAGAACAGGUAAGGCUAUAUUCUUCAAAUGCUUCCAUAAUCCAUUUCUCACAAUUCAUCAGGUCCACAUUGCCGGCUGGCCAAUCUACCCACACGAGGAAACCCGUACUUCUUUGGACCCAUGGACUAAUGUCAGCAACCCCAACUCCGAUAUUGUUUCUCCAGCCUACGCCAUUGAAACUGGAACUUACGUCCUUGCACCAUUCCAACGUAUAUCCAAGGAAGGCGUAGACAAAAACACCCCACCUGGAGUCGAGCGUGAAGAUCCAAACAUCUACAACGGCAACAGCAGAAUUUUCGGGCCUGACGGUCAACUCCUCAGCAAGGCCGAUGAAGACUUCGAGGGACUGAUGUUCGUUGAGGUAAGAUCAACAACAGCCUUUUACUCAUUCAAGAAACCAAUCUGACAAUAUUCCAGAUCGAUCUUGAUCAAUCACACCUUCCAAAGGCUCUCGGAGACUUUGGUGGUCAUUACAUGAGACCUGACCUCAUCCGUCUCCUCGUUGACACACGCCGCAAGGAACUUAUCACCGAGGCAGACCAAGAUGGUGGAAUUGGUACUUACAACACCCAAGAUCGUGUUGGACUCAACAGACCUCUUGAUGCCCCUAAAAUUGAUGGUCCAAGCGGAGUUAGCAAGCAAGUGCUUUCCAAAAAGGCUUCUCCCAAAGCCUAAAUAUUUAUUUAUGUUCUUAGCUUUUUGAUUGUGAGGAUGAGUAACUGCUCUAAGAGCAUUCACCCACUAUUUAGAAUAUUACUUUGUAUGUUUAGGAUAAGUUGUAU